UCUCUCUCUCUCUCUCUUUCUUUCCCGUCUCUUCUCUUUCUGUGUCCUCUUCUCGUCCGUGGCUGCUGCGUGUGACCGUUACCGGACAGCUCUGCAUAGCGGCGCCGCAACAUCCCACGUACACUGCAGCAACCGGGGUGCAAGUAACGGAAGCUACCGACCGACUCUCCCGUUCCCGAGGGAGCCGCAGCGCAGAUUCGCUCACUAGUGACCACUGACCGGAGCAGCGCUGCAAAAGACACAGACUUCAAGAGACGUAACGCCGUUGCCUUUUCUGAAUAGAAGCAGAAGAGAAAUGUUCCUGCUGCUGUUAGCCCUCUGCCCCCUCGUCCUGGGAUCCAUCUACAACUCGGGACAAGGAGAAGAUGAUGACCGGACACUCUGGGUCACGAUGUCCGCUGACCCCCUGGCGGCGACGCCCACUCUGGGCGGCUCCCUGACCCUCCCGUGUCACUUCCUCCUCUCUGACCCCACACCGGCGUCCGGCCGUCGGGCUGUGCUGACCACCCCGCGGGUCAAGUGGACGGUCAUCACAGAGGGCCGCGAGCUGGAGAUACUGGUGGCCAGGGGUCAGAGGGUAAAGGUCAGCGAAAAGUACAGGGAGCGAGCCUCCUUGCCGCACUACCCCUCCUCACCCACAGACCUUACGCUGCGUCUGGACGCCUUGCGGACCAACGACUCGGGGGUGUACCGCUGCCAGGUCCAGCAGGGACUGGAGGAUGCACACGACCAGGCCGAGGUGAAGGUCAAAGGCGUGGUGUUCCACUAUCGUGACGCCUCCAGUCGCUAUGUCUUCUCGUUCGUUGCUGCCCAGCAUGCCUGUGCUGUGAUCGGGGCACGCAUCGCCACUCCAGAGCAGCUCCUGGCUGCCUAUCACAGCGGGUUUGAGCAGUGUGACGCGGGCUGGCUGUCCGACCAGACCGUCAGAUACCCAAUCCAGAUGCCGCGAAAGGGUUGCUAUGGAGACAUGGACGGAUUUCCUGGUGUGCGAAAUUAUGGGCUGCAGGAACCGGAGGAACUGUUUGACGUGUAUUGCUAUGUAGAGAAUUUAAAUGGCGAGGUCUUCCACGCCUCCUCCCCAGAACGGCUCACCCUGGAGGAAGCAAAGGGGUACUGCGGGCAGCAGGGGGCGGAGCUGGCCAGUACUGGUCAACUGUACGCGGCCUGGAACGAGGGUCUGGAUAACUGCAGCCCGGGCUGGCUGGCGGACGGCAGCGUGCGGUACCCCAUCACCACGCCACGAGAUCGCUGCGGGGGCAGCCAGCCCGGGGUCAAGACCGUGUACCUGUACCGCAACCAGACAGGAUUCCCGGACCCCAAAUCCCGCCACGACGCCUACUGCUUCAGAGGUGACGGGACGUCCCACACAGAGUCCCCCGUGGGAUACCAAUCCACCGAACCUGAGGAUAUCAAAGCCAUCACGACCCUGACGGACACCCUGCAGGAGAUACAGCUGGCCAGGGAACAGGAGGAGAAAGAGAGUGAAGCUAAGGGGGCGGUGGACUCCUUCCCAAUUACCGGAGACAGCAUCGAGGGCCACAAGGGCCAGGGGCCACUGAGCUACUCAGACCCCUACGACCACAUGGACGCCUUGCAAGGGUUCGAGGACAGCUCGGAGGAGCUCCCUUACCCAACAGCCUCGACCAAUCCCGUCCCUGAAGGUUCCGUGUCCUUCCAGCCGACUCCAGCGACAGACGUAGAUUCAGAAGUUCAGAUUUCACAGUAUGAAGUGUCAGGUGGGAACCCCAAACAUUACGAGCCCAUGCCUGAAACAAAUGUAGCAUCUGGGGUACCAACAUCACAGUAUGAAGUUUCAGGGACCAUCGCUUUAGGAGUUCCAGGAGAAGAAGAGAUAGCGCUGGUGGAAAAGGAAGCUGGCGGGACCUCUGUCGAGAUACCCAUAGGAUCUGGAGGAAACCCCAAACACUACGAACCCAUGCCUGAAACAUACGUAGCUUCUGGGGUAACAACAUCACAGUAUGAAGUUUCAGGAGUUCCAGGAGAAGAAGAGAUAGCGCUGGUGGAAAAGGAAGCUGGCGGGACCUCUGUCGAGAUACCCAUAGGAUCUGGAGGAAACCCCAAACACUACGAACCCAUGCCUGGAACAGACGUAGCUUCUGGGGUAACAACAUCACAGUAUGAAGUUUCAGGAGUUCCAGGAGAAGAAGAGAUAGCGCUGGUGGAAAAGGAAGCUGGCGGGACCUCUGUCGAGAUACCCAUAGGAUCUGGAGGAAACCCCAAACACUACGAACCCAUGCCUGGAACAGACGUAGCUUCUGGGGUAACAACAUCACAGUAUGAAGUUUCAGGAGUUCCAGGAGAAGAAGAGAUAGCGCUGGUGGAAAAGGAAGCUGGCGGGACCUCUGUCGAGAUGCCGAUAGGAUCUGGAGGAAACCCCAAACAUUACGAGCCCAUGCCUGAAACAAAUGUAGCUUCUGGGGUACCAACGUCACAGUAUGAAGUUUCAGGAACCAUUGCUUCAGGAGUUCAGAUUUCACAGUAUGAAGUUUCAGGAACCAUUGCUUCAGGAGUUCAGAUUUCCCAGUAUGAAGUUUCAGGGACCAUAGCUUCAGGAGUUCCGAUUUCCCAGUAUGAAGUUUCAGGAACCACAGCUUCAGGAGUUCCGAUUUCCCAGUAUGAAGUUUCAGGGACCAUAGCUUCAGGAGUUCCGAUUUCCCAGUAUGAAGUUUCAGGAACCAUAGCUUCAGGAGUUCAGAUUUCACAGUAUGAAGUUUCAGGAACCAUAGCUUCAGGAGUUCCGAUUUCCCAGUAUGAAGUUUCAGGAACCACAGCUUCAGGAGUUCCGAUUUCCCAGUAUGAAGUUUCAGGGACCAUAGCUUCAGGAGUUCCGAUUUCCCAGUAUGAAGUUUCAGGAACCACAGCUUCAGGAGUUCCGAUUUCCCAGUAUGAAGUUUCAGGGACCAUAGCUUCAGGAGUUCCGAUUUCACAGUAUGAAGUUUCAGGGACCAUCGCUUCAGGAGUUCCGAUUUCCCAGUAUGAAGUUUCAGGAACCAUCGCUUCAGAAGUCCCAGGAGAAGAAGAGAUAGCGCUGGUGGAGCAGGAAGCUGGUGGGACCUCCGUCGAGAUGCCCAUAGGAUCUGGAGGAAACCCCAAACAUUACGAACCCAUGCCUGAAACAGACAUAGCUUCUGGGAUCCCAACUCCCCAGUAUGAAGAGUCUGGAAGGAGUUCCACGCUUUAUGAACCAGAAUCCCACCUCGCCGAAGGACCUUCUGUAACUCUUCCGCCUGAAGAAUCGAGUGCAGCUCCCCAGUUCCCUCAAACUGCCACGGAUUUGGACGACGGCGUCUCGUCUCAGCCACGGGAAGAAUCUGGAGAAUCUGGAGCCGUUCCUCAAUACCCCGGGCCCACCGCGGCCCCCGAAAACUGGGACUCGACUGGAAUCCAAACCCAGGAGGUUGUGGCUUCAGCUGGAGAGCCUGAAUCUGGGGACCUGGGACACGUAGCCUCUGGUCAACCUGGAGAAGAACCCGUGGAUGGGACUGGUUCUGCUGGACCAGUGGAUCAGAUUCCCAGUUCCCAGCAUGGCGCUGGUUCCGCCCCGGAUCAGUCCGGCUACGCCUGGCCAGAUUUUCCGAUCCCUGAAGGAAGAGACCUGGUUUCAGGAGAUGAGCGGAUAGCGCUGGUGGAGCAGGAAGCUGGCGGGACCUCCGUCGAGAUGCCUAUGGGAUCCGCGGAUCAGGAGGGCGGGGUAGAGUCUGUGGAACAGGGAUCCGCUCCCAUCGUCGGCCUGGAGCCGGCAGAGGAGACCUCGUCCGCAGUGGAGACCAGCACAGCCUGGCCCACGGAGGAGGUCUACCCAGAAGUCACUCCGUCUGGAGCCAACGAGGGAGAUCUUCUCAGCGGCUUCCCUGUCACUCUGAUCACCUCGCUGGCCCCUUCCCUGGAGGUCACAGCGGCUCCAGCCUGGCCGACGGAAGCCGAAGCCAGCUCCCCUAGCGACUUGGAGACCCACAUCCCGGAUUUGGGACUACCAUCCGGAACCCAGUUCCCAUCCGGGGAAUUCCCGCAUCCUCAGGAACCGGAAGGAUCCAUUGACGAGGAGAAGGUGGAAACCUGGGAUGGGAGUGCACCGGAAGCCCCCACCGUAGCCCCUCUGGAGCACAGCACCAGCCCUGCCUCUUACUACCCGGAAGGCAGCGUGGAGCUUUCUGGAACGGCAGAGGUGGAACUAGCUACAAAUCUGAUCGAUCUGGAGGAGCCUUCAGGUGUCCCCUCUGGGGCGCCAACUGCAGGGCUCUCGGUUGAAGGGCAUCAGGUUUCCGGCGAGGGUUCUGGGGUAACCGAAAUUCCCUCCAGCCCGGAAACAAGCGGCUUUCCCCAAGAGAGAGAAGAGACCGACGUCUCAGCGAGUCUUCCCCCCGCCACCACCGCCUCUGUGUUCACAGUCGGGACCUACAGCACAGCCGUCACGGGUUUCUUUCAAAGCACCGCCUCUAGCUCGCAAGAAGCCGCUGGAGAAACGUCAGGGUUGCCUUGGCAGGAAUCGGGGAGCGGCGCCCACCCAGCGGUCUCCCAGACGGAAACCCCAGGGGUCACCCUUCUCCUGGAUAACACGGGAACGCCGUCCACGUUCCAGCCCUCCACGUUCCAGCCCUCCACCGUAGUCCCGGAAGAUUCCCGAACGACGGAUUCAGAGUACAGCGGGGAGCACUCCGCCGUUCCGGUGGAGACGGACUCGUUUGCGCCGACGUCAGCCGCUCCCGUUCCCGAGACGACCACAGCUUUCGGGGGCCAGACAGCCAUCACCACCCCUAGUUAUCCCACCCAAGAGACCACCGAUACGCCAAGCCCGACAACUUGGGAAAGCACGGAGGACCUUUACGAAAGUACCACUACCGCCCUGCCGUUGCCCACCAGCACCCUGAUGCCAACCCUGGAUGUAUAUGAGGAGGCCACUGAGGAGGCCCUUACCCUUAAACCCACCCUCGCUGCUUUGCCCACCGAAAGGGCAGUUUUGGGCCGCGUCGUGAACAUUUCAGACGCCUGCCUGGACAACCCCUGUCAAAAUGGGGGUACCUGCGUGGAGGAGGGAGCCCACACCAAGUGUCUGUGUCUUCCCAGUUAUGGAGGAGAGCAGUGCGGGACAGAUCUGGAGCACUGCGAGGCCGGCUGGGAGAAGUUCCAGGGGUUCUGCUACAGGCACUUCAGUAAACGGCAGGGCUGGGAGGUGGCGGAGCAGCACUGCAGGAUGGGUGGGGGGCACCUGGCCAGCGUGAUGACCCCCGAAGAGCAGGACUACAUUAACAAUAAGUACAAGGAGUACCAGUGGACUGGACUGAACGACAAGACCAUCGAAGGGGAUUUCCGCUGGUCAGACGGCAACCCCCUGCUCUAUGAAAACUGGUACCACGGGCAGCCUGACAGCUACUUCCUGUCUGGAGAGGACUGCGUGGUGAUGGUGUGGCACGACGGAGGGCGCUGGAGUGACGUUCCGUGCAACUACCAUCUCUCCUACACCUGCAAGAAAGGGAUCUCUUUCUGUAGACAGCCGCCCGUCGUAGAGAACGCCCGGAUGUACGGGAGGCUCCGGUCUCAGUACGAGAUGAACUCGGUGGUCCGGUACCAGUGCCAGGAAGGAUUCCAGCAGAGGCAGAACCCCGUCAUCAAGUGCCAGUCCGACGGGAAGUGGGAGGAGCCCCGGAUCAUCUGUAUCCCGGCCAACAACAGCAACAACACCAGCCCUGAAGUGAAGACUGGGUCUGAGCCCCAGGUCCAGGCUGAGGAGCCAUUCAGAGAGGGGGCAGCCACGGAGCAAGCACCCGAAAUAGGGGACUUGUACUGGGGGGAUGAGAAGAAGUAACCUGCCCCCCCCCUCUCCCUCUACCCCCCCCCACACCGAGAAAAAAACAAGACGAGAGAAGCCCCCCCCCCCAAAAAAAAGCUUGUGUCCUGAAAAACAACCCCUCUUUUUAUCUGCUUUUUAUAUUGACUUCUACAGAGUGCAGUCCGUCCAACUGCUCUGUGACCGACACGAUUCAAUAAGAAUCACGGCGAUCUGGAAUCUGACGGAACACAGAGCCACUUUUUUUUCAGGAACGUGUGGUUUGAAAGCUGGUUCCAGGAGACCCCCGGGAGACCUAGUUUGAGGUUUGCUGUAUCAAACCCCCCCCAAGUCUCCCUGCCUGGUGUGCCGCGCAGCGCCCUGAAACCUACAGUCUCCUGAAACCAAGCUCCAAGCCUCAGAGCGGUGGCUUCGUGUUCCCUUCAGCGUUUACAGCGGCUUUGAAAAAGGACCAAACAAGACUUUUUCAUGACUGUGCGCAAAAUUAGAAGGAAAAGCUCCCAAAUCAUCUUAAUAGCAAAGUCGUAGUUUGUUUAGUUUGGAUAGCACCACCCUAUUUGAAUCCUGAAGCUGAGGGAACACGAAGCCACUUGUAAAAAAUAAAUAAAUAAAUAAAUAAAUAGAACAGAACUUUAUUCUUCACUGCCAUAGAUGUAUGUAACACAGGCUAGAUCGGCUGUAGAAGAACCAACGCCAUCUGCGACCCGCCGCAUUGGAAACGCUCUUCCUGCAGUGUUGCUGGCAAUACACUAGCCGUCCACUAGAUGGCGCUGGUGGUGCUUACUAAUAUCAGGAUGGAAUUACAUCGACGGCCAUGUAAACUCCUGAACUCCCAUUCAAAGCGCCUUAAAACAGACUUGUGAAAAAAACUAAGUGAUUAUAAUAAUCACACAGGGUCAGAAGCGCUUUGCUUGAACCUGUCCCUCCAACGCAUAUCGUACAAGGUCGCUGUCGUGCUUGCUGAGGGCUUUACUUGCAUGUGGACGUUCAGCCAGGUGAAGUCAGGAUACAGGUUUGAUCACGCUAGUGGGUGCCGAUGUCCGGAGUCCGUGUGUGUUAAUAUGCUUCGAGGAUCACAGUAAUCCUUCGUUAGAAAUAUUAUAGUUAUUAAACAUGUCGUCCAGCUGUAUAGUAAUUAAAACACCGAUUGACUGAAUUUAUUAAAAUCGCUUUUUUUUAAAAUCAUGAUCCCUGGUGUGCGUGUUUUUUUUUUUUUUUUUUUUUUUUUUUUUUUACGUGAUUAUAAACUUUUAAGCUGAGGGAACUCAUUGCAUCCCCCGUUGAUAUAAUAUAUAUACAUUUCGCAGUGCAACUGCAGGUAAGACGAAUCGUUUAUAGCUGGGAAUGCGUUGCACGCAGGAGCUCUCCUGGCGUGAUUUUGCACAGCCCUCUGGGAUGCCGUGGCGUGAAGGGAGGUCGCUGUUUAACAAAAGCAAACACAAACAAACAUGAUCAUGAAUUGUACUAAUAGUAAUCAAAGGAAUGUCAUUCUCUAACCUUCAGGCGUGCACCGAUGACACAAGAAGCAUUGUGCGGUGAAACGGCUUGAAUAAUCCGGUCAGGGUGUGCAGGACAGAUCGCUGUGAACCUUGCUAAACUCAAAACAGUUUUCAGAGGCAAAUUGAUGAAGUCACGUACCGUGAAUGACAGGCGGGCGAGAAGCGGGUUUAAUUGUAUACACAACAAUACUUCUGAUUUAAACACACACACACACACACACACACACAGACACACACACACACACACACACACGCACACACACACACACACACACACACACACACACACACACACACACACAGAUAAGUUUGUUCUGUGAUGCAACAACGCGCGUGUUUAUGGCAAAAACAAUUUUAUAAUUACAGUUUUUCUUUUCAUGUUAAAGUGUAAUAUCUUGCAGUAGUACACUCCGCAGCAGAGAAGCGCAGUUUAAGCGAUUGACAGGUGGAUUCACGAUAUACCAGCACUUAUUUUAUUCAUCUGUACAGGGGGUUGGCUUACGGUAUUUUUUUUGUUGUAACAAACCUCUUCAUUAUUGAAAUACUGUUUUUUUUUGUUUUUUGUUUUUAAAAAACUGAAUAUGUAACUUUUUCUUUUUUUUUUUGUUGCUAACUUUCUUUUUGUAUAGACAUGUUGACCGUGUACUAGAAUCUGCACAGCACACAAAACCUGGUCAUCGCAAAUGUUUGCAUACCCAGACUCAAUAAAGUUUUUUGUUUUUUUUAACA